UGUGCCUUCCAAGCCACUCGCGGAAAAAGAAACAAGCAAAAAGGGAGAAAACAGAGGAAUUUCGAGAAUGGAGAAUGCCUUUGCAGUGAUGGCGAUUCUUGCGUCAGUCUUCUGGAGCACAGCGGUCUCCAAGUUCUACAUCGAAUCGUGCUCGGGCGAGGACAAGUGUAAAUCGCUGCUGGGCUAUCGAAUUGUCGCCGACACGAGGAUCUCAAACGUGGUGGCCAUGUUUGGAGUCACCACCGAUGAAAUCCUGGGAUCAAACAACUACGAGGUCGCGAUUCCAGAGCCCGACGACGUGAUCAUCCAGGCGCAGGAGCUCCUCCGGAUCCCAGUCUCGUGCGCUUGCUCCAAUGGCAUCCGGCGCACCGAUUCCAUCGUCUACUCUGUCCGCCAGGAAGGCGAGACGCUCUUCUCGAUCUCCAAUGAAGUCUUCGGAGGGAUGGUCACUCCCUUGCAAAUCUUCCAGGCCAACAGCAACGAUCCAGCCGGGGAUUUGAGCGAGAGGGGGCUGAAUUCCAGCACGGAGGUUGCGAUUGGGAAGAGAUUGAUGAUCCCCUUCCCCUGCGCUUGCAACGCGGGGAAUUUCAAGGGGAUCCCCGCGAUGUUCGUGUCUUACAUGGUCCAGAGAGGGGAAUCCACGUUUGAGAUCGCGAGCUUGUUUGAUUCCAGCGUUUCCAGCGUCGUGGAGCUCAAUGGGAUGCAAAAGGGAUCAUCCCUCGCGGCUGGAGACGUGCUCGAAGUUCCAAUCCCAGCCUGUGAGUCAUCCUUUGAUUCGAGAGCUGUGGACUAUGGAUUGAUGGUUCCAAACGGGACUUAUACCAUCACUGCCGAUCGAUGCGUCCAGUGUUCUUGCAACUAUCCAAGGCUAGAUUGCACUCCUGCUCCAUCCAGCUCCGGAUGUCCAUGCCCAGCUCCUCGCUGUGCCGGGAGCAAUCUCAAAAUUGGUGAAUUCACCACCAAAGCUUCGCUCCAAGGCUGUCAAGUUACGUCUUGCUCGUACAAUGGUUUCCACGACUCGGUCAUCUUCGUUGGCUUGGAAAGCACGAAUCAAUCAACAUGUCCUGUUUCAUCACCACCUCCAACAUACAGGCAGUACAUGCCCGCCUUGACACCUGAUUCAUCGCCCAUCAUAGAACCGCAGAACAUUAUUUCGAACCAAGUCACGCCGAUCAAUGCUGGAACAGCUCAACAAUCCUCUUCUUCGUUUUCCUCGUUUCAUCACAUCGAGAAGCUUUUGCUAGUACUCACAUCUCUCACACUACUACUACUCUAGAUCCAGGUGCAUAUACAUAGUCUCCUUUAAGAAAAGAAGCUUCUUUGUGUAUAUGUAUAUACUCAAAAGCUUCUUCUUUGGUAGAAAAGAAAGAAGAGCCUUUUUUUUCUAUAGUUUUGAAUCUACUUUUGUAUCUCA